UAUUGUGCACACGAGUUGUGUAUAUAGGGAAAUUUCUUCAGAAAAAUCCAGACAUUGGUGACACAUCGCUCUGACACUUUUUGGAUUAUACGGCACAACAUAUUUUUUAUGGUUGAAACAUUUCAUAUGAAAAGAACAGAAAUCGAACAUUUACUGGGUUUAGUGACCAGUUUUGUUUACUUUCGUCGCCGGCCAUAAUCAAAUCGUUUGUACUGCGCAGGAAGACAACAUCAACACGGAAAGAAGUGCCGUCAGUCCAAGAUGGAGGCGGUGGCCCUACAUCCCUUCACUGCUACAGCUGACGAUGAGCUCAGCUUCAAGAAAGGAAAUACUUUGAAGAUUCUCAGUACCUUUGAUGACAAGAACUGGUACAAAGCAGAGCUCAAUGGCAAGGAGGGCUAUGUUCCCCACAAUUAUAUUGAAAUGUGCCCACACUCGUGGUACGUAGGCAAAGUGUCAAGAUCAAAAGCAGAAGAAAUGCUGCUGCAGACAGAACAACCGGAUGGUGCUUUUUUGGUGCGCAAUAGUGAAAGCGCCCCUGGAGAAUUUUCUAUCACAGUCAAGUUUCAGAAUGGUGUACAGCAUUUCAAGGUGUUGCGAGACGGAGGAGGGAAAUAUUUCCUUUGGGUGGUGAAAUUUAACUCCAUUAAUGAGCUGGUCAACUACCACAGAACAGCCACAGUCAGUAGGUCUCACGACAUCUACUUUAAGGACAUGGUGAACCACGAUUUAGAGGUUCCGAAAGUCCGUGCCAUAUUUGAUUUUGAUGCACAAGGAUCCGAUGAACUUGGUUUCCGCAAGGGAGAUGUGAUCAAAGUUACUCAAAAAGUGGACAGUAGUUGGUGGAGAGGUGAGCUUAAGGGCCAGGAAGGAAUGUUCCCAGUCACGUACGUGGAACGCAUUCUUGUGGAUUAAUGAGACUGACGGGGUUCCUAGAACCUCUGUGAUUGAACUUUCUUGCAUUUUGGGAAGGACAGAUUUUGUGGACACAAUGCAUCGGUAUUCAGGAUUGCAGACUGGAUUCAGGAGAAUGUGUUUUAGGCAAAGGAUCUAGUGGUUAUAAAUCCAGUUCUACUCUAUUGAAUAUUUGUUUUUAGUCAUCUUUGAUUUUACUCUUGUUGCCUUGUUUCUAGUUUGAUGAUUGUGAUGUCUUGCCUUCAUUUAUUUGGUUUUUCGUGGUUUUCAGUAGCUAUUUUUUUUUUCCUUUUUUGUAUGUAAAACAAAUCCAUUGUGUAGAGUGAUAGAUGAAUUUUGCAUAGUUUGUGUGGUUUGGGAGAAUUGAUGUAUGUUUGGGUUUUUUUCGAUGUAGAACAAAAUUACAACAUAGUGUGCACCAUUUAAAUCAUGAAGUAAGCAGUAAAAAGUUGAGACCGGUAGAAAUGUUGGCUUGUAGCACAUCUGCAAGAUGCAGUGGCAAGUUUGACACUUUUCAUGACGGUAACUCUUUGUUCACUGCCAGUUCAAGGUGUUUGCCAGAUUUUGGAUACUGUGCUUACCAGUUUUCGUGGGUGAUAUUCUUCUUUCUCUUUUGAAUAAACAUUGAAUUUAGCUACUCAUAUGAACUGGCCUUUUGUCAUGAUUGACUGGCUUUUGGUCAUGAUUGAUGUCACCUUAAGGAUGUUGAUGGCAUGUUUCGGUGGUUGUCCUAUUACGUUGUUCCCGUUAACCCUCCUAGUGUCGAUGACUGAUUAGAUUGGUGGUGUUGUGGCUGAUUUAAUCGUCCAUCAUAAUUUGAGUUCCUAUUUCGAUUGAUUUAUCAUGUUUUUUAUAUCGCCAAACAUUUCAACUUCUUUACAAAUUUGUUCUACUUCCUAUUUUAGCAUUUUACUUUCUGAAAAUGUAUAGGUUAUGGCCUUCACUUGCUUGGUUUGCCUUUUCUCGAGCUUUAUCGAACAUAAUAUAAAAUCAUAUAAUUUCUCCCGAUGCCCCAGGCUAUUUGUUAUCCACUCUUGGAGGGUCAAUCGUGACCGAGAUUUUGUGUAUCUGUCCUGACUGAUAAAGCUAAGAGUUUGCACAUGAAGAAUGUCUGGUCAUUUUGUUGGUACAGUCUAAAGAGAAAGAAGUGGAUUAUUAUGGAAAGAAUUUGACAGCUGUAAAGUGGGAAAGUAAAUUAUUAUUUGUUUGAUUGAAAAUAAAUCCUUAUGAAUUGGGAGAAAAAAAAAUUAUUUUGAAAAUAAUGAAAAA